AUGUAAUUAUACUCAGAAAAAACUAACUCUAUUGAUAUAACAUUUAAAGAUGUUUCUAUCACAAUUCAAACCAAAACUGGAGAAAAAUAAUUACUCAAGAAUGUCUCAGGUAUCUGCAAGCACUCAGAAAUUACAGCUAUAUUAGGUUCAUCUGGCGCUGGUAAAACCACUUUGUUAAAUACUAUUUGUGGCAGAAUAUAGAAUAAUAAGACUACUUAAGUUAGCGGAACUAUUUAGGCUAAUUCUAAUGAUGUCACUUUUGAAAAUUUCUCAGAAUUUGGUUCUUAUGUAAUGCAAGAUGAUGUGUUACUAGAGACUAUGACUGUUAGAGAAUGUCUUUAAUUUGCAGCCAACUUAAAGGUCUAAGGAGGUUAAUAAGAAAAAGAUAAAGUUGUAGAUGAAACUUUGAAAAAUUUAAAAUUAAUGAGAUGCUAAAAUACAUUUAUUGGAGGAUAAUUUGUUAAAGGUAUUUCAGGAGGAGAAAGAAAACGCACAUCGAUUGGAUUUGAACUUGUUACAAACCCUUCAGUGCUUAUUUUAGAUGAACCAACUUCUGGGUUAGACAGCUUUACAGCUUAUCUAUUAAUCACUGAGCUCAAAAGAUAUGCUUAAUAAAAAGGGAAGACAGUAAUAUUUACUAUUCACAGUCCUUCAUCUGAUAUAUGGUCUAUGUUUGACAGAAUUAUGCUUCUUGUUGAUGGUAGAUUUAUAUACUAAGGAGGAAGUAACGAUCAAAUUAUCAAACAUUUUAGUAAGAUAGGCUUUGAAUGCCCAAAACUUUAAAAUCCGGCAGGGUACACUUCUUAAAUGAAGCAGAUAGUUGAGUCAGAAAUUGAAUAAAAACUAGAUUCAUAAAUUAUUGUGAAUAAAUAUUCAACAUCUUAAUUAUAUCAAAUUUCUCAGAUAGCUAAAAGAGCUUUUUAUACAGUUAAAAGGAAUCCAAUUCUAUUCAGAGUUCGUAUUUUUUAAGCAGUAGCAAUGGGAUUAAUUAUAGGUUUAAUUUAUCUCUAGAUGGAAGAUGGAUCAAAUAAUCCCACAAGCAUUAGAGAUAUGAAUGAUAGAAAUGGACUUUUAUUUUUUGUUUGCAUUAAUUAAUUGAUGAUGUCUCUUAACCCAUGUCUUGUAUCUUUCCCAUCUAUGAGAGGAGUAUUUUUGAGAGAAGAUAAUUCUAAACUUUACACAGUUUUUGCUUAUUACUUUGGGAGAUUGAUUGUUGAAAUAAUCCCUUCUAUUAUAGCCCCUAUAGUAUAUGGCAUAAUAUAAUUUUACAUGAUUGGACUUAACGAUCACACAUCAGCAAAUGUUAUUUUCUAUUUAUUCAGCUUAGUACUUAACAGUUUACUGGGAUUAGGUAUGGGUUAUAUUGGAGGUGCUAUAUUUUCUCAAAGCAAAACUGCGAUUAUUAUGGGACCAUUAAUUUUCCUUCCUAAUGCACUUUUCGGAGGAUACUUCAAGAACAGAAAAGACUUUGCAGAUUGGAUUUCGUGGAUUGAAUACCUCUUUCCUAUUAAAUAUAGCUUCAACGCUAUUGCUGCAAAUGAAUAUGAAUAUACUAAAUUUACUCCAAAUCCAACUACAUUACUUGAUAUGCAAUUUUCUAAAUGGGAAUGUACUUACAUAUAAUUAGGAUUUUUGGGAGGAUACUUAUUAAUCAGUUAUAUCUGCUUAGCGCUUAAUAAAAAGAGAUUAUAGUGA